CACGUUUUCGAAACGAUUUGGAAGUGUGUGCGCGGCGCGGUCAACCUUUUGGAAAUUCGCGUUAAAACGGAGUGAAAACUGCUUACCGCGCUUAGGUUUCGUUUAGGAAAUAGGCCAAAAUGUUUGUUCUCUACGAAACGCCGGCAGGCUAUGCCAUUUUCAAGCUUUUAGACAACAACAAAUUCAAAGAGAUCGACAAUCUGUAUCUGGAGUUUGAAUCGCCAGAGAAGGCCAGCAAAAUCGUUAAAUUGAAGCAUUUCGAAAAAUUUGCCGACACAACUGAGGCCCUGUCUGCGGCGACCGCCGCGGUUGAGGGUAAGGUCUCGAAAUCGCUCAAGAAGGUGCUGAAGAAACUGGUGGUCGAUGAUGUACAGGAACAGCUACUGGUGGCCGAUGCCAAGCUGGGCAAUGCCAUCAAGGACAAACUGUCGCUACAGUGCGUUUCCAACACAUCGGUUCAAGAGCUGAUGCGUUGCAUUCGCAGCCAAUCGGAGAAUCUGCUCUCAGGACUACCGAAGAAGGAAAUGACGGCCAUGUCGCUGGGUUUAGCUCAUUCACUAUCCCGCUACAAGCUCAAGUUCUCGCCCGACAAGAUCGAUACGAUGAUCGUGCAGGCCCAAAAUCUGCUGGAUGAUUUGGACAAGGAGCUGAACAACUAUAUGAUGCGCGUGCGUGAAUGGUACGGAUGGCAUUUCCCUGAACUGGGAAAGAUUCUUACCGACAACGUGGUGUAUAUUAAGACGAUCAAACUCGUCGGUACGAGAGAUAACAUGGCGGAUACGGAUCUGUCGGACAUCUUGAUGGAAGAGCUGGAACAGAAAGUGAAAGAAGCGGCUGAAAUUUCUAUGGGUACGGAAAUAUCGGAUGAGGACAUUCUUAACAUCCAGAAUCUGUGCGAUGAGAUCAUAUCGAUCAACGAGUAUCGUGCCCAUCUGAGCGACUACCUGAAGGCUCGAAUGAUGGCUAUGGCUCCCAAUCUGACGGUGCUCGUCGGAGAAACGGUCGGUGCCCGGUUGAUUGCACACUCCGGAUCGUUGGUGAAUCUCGCUAAGCAUCCGGCCUCUACAGUUCAGAUUUUGGGUUCUGAAAAGGCACUCUUCCGUGCUCUGAAAACGAAGAAAGAUACCCCGAAGUAUGGUUUGAUUUUCCAUGCCAGCUUGGUGGGUUCAGCAAGCACCAAGAACAAGGGUCGCAUUUCUCGUUCGUUGGCUGCCAAAGCCGCUCUGGCUACGCGUGUCGACGCAUUCGGUGACGAUGUUACGAUGCAGCUUGGAAUCGAUCAUAGGGCUAAACUGGAGACACGGUUACGCAUGCUGGAGGAAGGUAACAUCACGAAGCUGUCUGGAGCAAAGGCGAAGGCAAAGCUGCAAAAGUACCACGCGGUCAGUGAGGUGAAAACGUUCAAGGUGUCCACGGACAGUACGCUGCCUUCGACCUCGAAGAAAAUCAAACAGGACGAUGAAGCCCCGAAUGCUCCCUCGCACAAGAAGAUCAAGGUUGAGGAUGACACCGAGGAAGCCGCACCAUCGCCGAAAAAGAAAAAGAAGGUCAAGCAGGAGGAAUCAGCUGUAACUGAAGAGGAGCAGCAGGAGGUAGAAGAGCAGCCAACGACCGGCGAUGAGGGAUCCUCGAAGAAGAAGAAAAAGAAGAAGGCGAAACAAGAGCAGGAGGCGGCUGAUGAGAGCGUCAUGGACGAGAGUGUGGCCGAGACUUCUGGUUCGGCAAAGAAAGUGAAAAAAGAGAAAAAGAAAAAACAAGCGGCAGAAGCGGAGGAUGAGUGAAUUGCAACCGCGUAGUGGAACAAAGUCUUCGGAAGAUCCUGCAAUCCGUUGCGAUGGAAUAAACUCAGCAGUGCAGUGCAGUGCUUUGAUUUAAAUCAUCCACUUACGGAUACCAUGUUUAUACAAAACUACUAACUGCUGAGGCAUCCUAUUGUUCUUUUUAAGUUGUCGGCAAUUGCACAGCAUUUCUUUUUUUCUAAAUUGAUUAAACUGUUUGCUCCAAAGGGAGGAGCAGCAGUAUACAUCCUUUUUGUGUAACUUUUUUUUACCAUUCAAUAGAGUGCUACAAGCGGCUAGCGAAACGCAGUUGGGCGAAGGAAUUUCGCACGUUUUUUCUGCAAGUUUUAUAUUUUCACAAUGUUUUUUUAUAGACAGUAAGCAGCAGUGUUAGCAGUAAGAAAAAAGAAGAAAUAUAAUUAGAAUUGUAUCCAAAGUGAAA